AUGGCUCACAUACACAACAGUUCGAGCUCUUCAACUAGACGAUCAUUACGCUUAUUAACAGCCGAACGUAAAUCAACAGCAACGACUACAAACGAGUCUAACGUUGACGAAGAAGAAGAACCGCAACCUACAUUACGUCAAGCAAAAUUUAAAGCACUUGAAGCGAUAUCAAUUAGUAAUACAAAACGUCGUAGUGAACCUGAAUUAGAUAUAAACGAAGAUCAACAAGAAACAAGAGAAGAAGGUGAACCUGAAGAAAAUCCGACAAAUUCUAAUAGUCGAAAACGAACACAUUCAAAACAAGCAUCAUCAUCAUCAUCUCAUCAUAGUAUUCGUCAUGUAUCAAAUAGUGUAAGACGUCAAAAACGAAGUAAAAAAUCUACAACAAGAAGUGAAAAAUUUUCAUCAUCGAAUAAAAUAUUGAAACGUCAACGACAAUCAUCAUCAGACGAAGACGACAAUCGUUUAUCAAUACAUUCAAAACCAAAGAGAAAUUCCGCACCUAUUAUAACUAAUCGUACACGUUCGAAAUCAAAUUUAAGAAAACGAACUGAUUCAAAUAGUGAUUUAGAACAACAAACUGAAGGUGUAGACACGGGGAAUCUUUGUGUCAGACGAGGACCAGGCGGAAGAGAAUUGAAUAGUGUUGUUAGUGAUCCAUCAACAACUAGUAAUCGACGAUCGCGUACAAGUGCACAUCAUCGUCGAUAUUCAAACAAAGCUCCUAUUGAUUAUUUGACGACGGGUCAAUCGUCUUCCAGCCGUUCGUCGGUGCCUGCCACCAACACCGGCGGUAUUGACGGACGACCGUGUGAUUCAAAUACUAGUGUAGCAUCAUCAACACAUCCGUUACAUUUAUUCAAUUCACCUGCAUACUAUCAUCAAACAGGAUCUCCUCCGCCGUCAUCAUCUGCUCAAUCAUAUUCAGGUGUUGUUCCUACAGUAUCCCAUAGUUCUCCACUUGUUGCAAGUGCAGCAUCAGCAAAUACACAUCGAAAUAUUAAACAAUCAUUACCAAUGUCAACUGAAAGUGAUACAGAUCCAGAUAAUAAUGGAGGUACUAUGAGUCCAUCACCACGUGAUGUUUUAUCUGAUCCAGCUUUUGCACGUGCUGCUGCAGCCGCAGCUGCUGCUGGUGGACCUACAGGUGCAGCACUUUUUCAUACAUUAUCAGGUCGUGUUCAACAUUUAAUGAGUCGAGUUGGUGGUGGAAGUUCAUUAAAUGCUAUUAAUGGACGUUUACAACAGUAUAUGCAAGGAAUACAAUCUCCAGAUCCUGAUGUUCGAUUAACAACACUUAAUGAAUUAUGUUCUCUUCUUGUAAUGAGCAAUGAAGAAACAUUACCCGGUUUUCAAUUUCGUGUUCUUUAUCCACCAUUACGUGAUUGUUUAGCAGAUGAAAAUGAAGCUAAUGCUGAAAUAGCUUUAACAGCCUGUCGAGCUUUAACUUAUCUUAUGGAAGCAUUACCACGUUCAGCAGCACAGAUUGUUGAAGCAACACCGAUAUUUUUAAGCAAAUUACGAAGUAUAACAUCAAUUGAUAUUGCUGAACAAGCAUUAACAGCCUUAGAAAUGAUUUCCAAACGAAAUGGAAAACAAAUUCUUAUUGCUGAUGGUAUUGGUGCUUGUCUUGAAUAUAUUGAAUUUUUCUCUAUAACAUCUCAAAAUAAAUCUCUUGCAAUUGUUGCUAAUUGUUGUAUACAUAUAUUAACACGUAAUGAUUUUAAUUCGAUACGUGGACAUUUAGAAAAUCUUUCUAAUCGUUUACGUUCUGAUGAUAAAAAAACUAUUGAACAUGUUUGUUCAAUAUUUUCACGUUUAGUUGAAAAUUUUCAUCGUGAUUCAUCUAUAUUACGUGAAAUAGCAUCAACACAAUUACUUAAAACAAUGCAGACAAUGCUUGUUGUACAACCAACAUUAUUAAAUAGUAUAACAUUUGUUAGUAUUAUUCAUAUGUUAUAUAUUUUUUCGGCAUAUUGUCCAAUACUCGCUGUUACAUUACUUAAAAUGAAUAUAGCUGAAACAAUAAUAUGUCUUUUAACUGGUACAUCUGAAGGUAGAUCAUCAACAAAAACAAUUCCAAUAACAUAUAAAUCAGCAGCAUUAGCAACAAAUGAAACAACAUCAUUAAAUAUCUCAUCAAUACAACAAACAAAUAAUAUUGAACUUAUAUCACGUACACCACAAGAAUUAUAUGAAAUUGUUUCAUUAAUUGGAGAAAUGAUGCCACGAUUACCAAAUGAUGAACCGUUAUUUCAAGUUGAUCAAUUAUUUCGUCGUAGUGCACUAUCCAAUAGAGCUUAUGAUGCUAGUUCAAAUGGUUAUAUUCUAUGGCAUUGGCAAGAUGAUCAAGGUCAAUUACGUUCAUAUUCAUUACAAGAUUCUCGUACAAUUGAACAUGCUUGGCAACAACAUGAAGAAGAAGUUCAAUUAAUGAUAUCUGGUCGUCAUUAUCUCAUUGAUCUACAACAAUUACAACAAAUCAAUGAAGAAACAAAUCAAGCUCGAUUUAUUAAACGUAUUAUAACAUCUGAUACGACUGAAUCACCAACCGAUCCAAAUGAUGAAUCAACAAAUACAAAUCGUCAAUCAACAACAACAGCAACUACAAAUUCAUCUUCCGAUGCACGAACUGAAAUGAUGAAAGAUAAUAUGGAAUUAUAUAGUUCAUUUAUUCAAUCACUUUUUAGUGUUCUAUAUGAAGUUUAUAAUUCUUCAGCUGGUCCAGCUGUUAAACAUCGAUGUUUACAAGCAUUACUUCGUAUGAUUUAUUAUUCACCAUCGGAUUUACUUGAAAUUAUUUUAAAACAACAAUCAAUAUCGUCUCAUAUAGCUUCAAUGCUUGCAUCAUCUGAUUAUAGAAUUGUUGUUAGUGCUUUACAAAUGGGAGAAAUUCUUAUGAAAAAAUUAUCACAAAUAUUUUCAACAUAUUUUUAUCGUGAAGGUGUUGUUCAUCAAAUAGAAAUUUUAAUUGGUUUUGGCGUUGUUUCAUCAUCAAAUUUAACAUUAGCACGUAGUAGUAAUACAAGUGGAAGUCGUAGUCAACUUGAUCUUGCACAUUUAAAUGAAAAUUCAUCAUCACAAAUUGAAUCAUUAGAUGAACCUUUACCAAAAACAACAACAACAACAACAACAACAGCAACGAAUCCACGACGAUAUUAUACAACAUCAGAAUCUUAUCCAUCAACAACAAGAAUUGAAACACGUUCACAACGUGCUCGUCUUCCAAAAACAUCUACACGUUCAAUGUUUGAAGAAUUUUCAUCACGAUCUAUAGCUGGACGAAGUACCGGUGCUUCAUUUUCAACAGGUUCACUUGAUAUUAAUCUUGGUCGUGGUCGUUCAACACGUGGCGCUAGUAAUAAUAUCGUUCCACCAGUUCUCUUUCGACCAACAUCAACAUUUGAUCCAUCAACAUAUUAUUCACGACCACCAGUUUAUGUUCCAUCACCCUAUGCAUAUACAUCAAGUGCACCAACAGCUGCAUCUUUAAUUAAUCCUGUUACACCACACCACCACCACCAACAACAACAACAAUAUCAAAUUAUUUUAUCAUCACAAGAAAAAGCGAAAUUAAAAGAAUGGAUACAAAAUCAAGCAAAAACAUUUCGUACAAAUUAUUUUUCAAAUAAUUCAUCAACAUCAAAUCUUGCAUUACAAAUUAUUGAACGUUUAGCAUCAGCUGUUGAUAUCUUACAUGUUGGAAAAGAUUCAAUUGAAAAUGGUAAAGCAUUACGUGAUAUAGCAAAUAUAAUUGCUAAAGGUGAUGUCUCACCAUUUGAAAUGGUACAUAGUGGUUUAAUAACAAAAUUAUAUCAAUAUUUAACAGAUGAUAUAUCAUUAGCAAAUGAUCGACCAGAAAGAUUAAAACAAUUUUUAAAUAUUUUUAUUAAUAUACCAUUAGAAAAUGAUGAAUUAGCUUUAAAACAAUAUAUUAUUGAACUUCAACAUGCACAAGUUAAUAAUGGAAAAACUUAUCAUCGAAAUGAAUCUAAUGUUUUAAGUCAUUUAAUUAAUAAAUUACAUGGAUGUAUUAAUCAACUUGAACAGUUUCCGAUUAGAGUAAAUGAUAUUGCUGGUCGACCUGCUCAUAGUUCUGCACUUCGUCUAAUUACAACUCAUCAAUUAAAAUGCAAUCUUAUUCGUCAUCCACAAUGUAAAAAUCUCAAACAAUGGAAUAGUGGUCCGGUGAAAAUAGAUCCACUUGCACUUGUAUCAGCAAUUGAAAAAUAUUUACUUUUACGUGGUAUAGCUAGUAGUACAAUUGAUGAUCCAACAAAUACAUUAGAUGAUGAAGAAAGUGAAGUAUCAAAUGAAUCGGAUACGGAAGAUGUUAUUAAUGUUUUAACACGUUCAUCAACAAUGAGAUUAGAAUUUUUAAUAAAUGAUCAUAUUAUUCCACAUAAUAUGACAAUUUAUCAAGCAGUUCGACUAUAUAGUAUUCCAACACAACGAACAGCUGAAAAUGAAUCUGAAACUGAUACAGAUGAAUCAAUAUUUUCUUCUUCUGCAAUAUGGACACGUGUACAUACAAUAAAUUAUCGUCAAGCAACAAAUUCUUCAUCAACAGUACCUGCUGUUAAUACUGCCAUUGGUGGUGCUAGUGCAACAACAUCAACAAAUCGUAUACGACGAACAACUCAUCCUCCAAAUUCAUCAAAAAAAACUAUUAAAACAUCAAAACGUUCAUCUAUUCCUCCGAUAAUCGAUGAAUUAUGGAUUAAUGGACAAUAUCCAAAAUCGAAAUCACUAUUAACAUUAGCACUUAAUGAAUCCGUUUCAUCAAUUUUAACAAUAAAUGAUUUAUCAUUAAAUGCAAUAUUUCUUUUACGUAUAUUAAAUGGUUUAAAUCUUUAUUGGUAUGAUUUAUAUUCUCAUACAAAUACAAUGUUAAAUCAUCAAAAUUCAAUAUUAACACUAACAUCAAAAAAUGAAUUUUAUUCAUCAAAAUUAACUUCAAAAGUUAAUAGACAAUUACAAGAUCCUGUUGUUAUUAUGAUGGGACAAAUACCUUCAUGGAUAACAGAAAUGGGUUAUUCAUGUUCAUUUUUAUUUCCAUUUGAAACUCGACAAAUGCUUUUUUAUCCAUGUGCCUUUGAUCGUGAACGUGCAAUGCAAAGACUUUUAGAUAGUUCAGAUAUUUUAACGCAACAACAUAAUAAUGAUCAAACAGAUAGACAAUCAAUAAUACCAAGAAUUGAAAGAAAAAAAGUACAAUUAUCAAGAGGAAAUAUACUUUCUGAAAUGGAAAAAAUUCUUGAUAAUUGGAAUUCAAAACAUUUUCUUGAAGUUCAAUAUGAAGAUGAAGUUGGUUUUGGUCUUGGACCAACACUUGAAGCAUAUUCUUUAUUAUCAAAAGAAUUACAGAGAAAUGGAUUGGAAUUAUGGAGAACUGAUAAAAUUUUUGAAUCAACAAAAGAUAAAGAUGUUCCACUUCCUGAAUAUGUUGAUAGUCGUAGUGGUCUUUAUCCUGCUCCACUUGGUCGUAAUGCUAAAGCAAGUGUUAUAACAAAAAUUCGUCAAAAAUAUAAAUUUCUUGGUAAAUUUAUGGCAAAAGCUUUGAUGGAUACGAGAAUGAUUGAUAUGUCAUUUAGUAUUGUUUUUUAUAAAUGGAUCUUAGGACAAGAAGAAACAUUAAAUCUUGAAGAUCUUGUUCAUAUUGAUAGAAAUCUUUAUGAACAAUUUAAAAAAUUACAAUCAAUUGUUCAUAUACGUGAUAAAUUAGUGUCACAAAAUCAUUUAAUAAAUAAAAUUCAUAAUAAAAAACGAUUAAAAUCAAAAGAUGAUUGUCAAUUAGAAAAUUCUCCAUGUUCAAAUGUAUUCGAUGAAAAUGAUGAAAGAUUAUAUCUUGAUGGAUGUAAAAUUGAUGAUUUAUCACUUGUAUUUACAUUACCUGGUCAUUCAAAUAUUGAAUUAAAAAAAGGUGGAAAAGAUUGUUUAGUUACAAUUUAUAAUCUUGAUCAAUAUAUUAAUUUGGUUGUUUAUUGGACAUUAGUUGAAGGUGUUCGACGUCAAUUUGAAUCAUUCCGUGAUGGUUUUAAUUCUAUAUUUCCUAUUCAUCAUUUAAAAUGUUUUUAUCCUGAUGAACUUCAUCAAGUAUUUUGCGGUAGUGGUUCAACUGAUUUAUGGGAUUUGAAAGUUUUACUUGAAUCGACACGUUGUGAUCAUGGAUAUAAUUUAAAUAGUCGUGCUGUUAAAUGGCUUUUUGAUAUAAUGAUUAAUUUUGAUAUUGAUGAACAACGAGCAUUUUUACAAUUUGUUACUGGUAGUCCACGGUUACCUGUUGGAGGUUUCCGAAUGUUACAUCCUCCAUUAACAAUUGUACGAAAAACAGCUGAAAAUAGUAGUGAUAAUAACAAUUCAGAUUCAUUUUUACCAAGUGUAAUGACCUGUGUCAACUAUCUCAAAUUGCCAGAUUAUUCAUCAAAAGAAAUAAUGAAAGCAAAAUUGACAACAGCAAUACGAGAUGGUCAAUAUGCAUUUUUACUUUCGUGA